GCUCAUCGACCGAGCUCAGGGCACGUCGAAAUUUCCUUCUCAAAGACGAAAACCUUUCCAAAGAUCUGUCACGAUGUCGAUCGGUCUUCUCACCUCUACCAUCCAGGUCCUCAAGAGAGUAACGGACCAGGCACAACCCUACGUCAUAUCCUUUGGGGAGGGACUAAAUACCCUGAUGGAUGCAGGAAGCGACACGAAUUUUAAGCAUCUCUCGACGAAAAAGUCAAGAUGGCAACUUAUGCGGCUUAGCGCUGCCGUUUGUGGAAUAGAGUUAUGUUACGCCGCUGAAACAGCUUUUGUCAGCCCUAUAUUACUAAAACUAGGGGUCCCUAUAUCUCUUAUGACGCUCGUUUGGUGUGUAAGUCCCCUGAUGGGAUUCCUUCUUGUUCCUUUACUCGGAUCCCUGAGUGAUCGUUGUCGAUUGCAAUUCGGCCGACGGAGACCUUUUAUUUUAUUAUUAUCAGCGGGAAUAAUCAUAGGACUGAUACUAGUCCCAAAUGGAGAGACUCUAGGCGAGUAUAUAGGAGACGAAGCUUCACAUCAUUUCAACAGAACUUUCAAUUCUAGUUUAUAUGACGCAGGUAAUGAUACAAAUCUAGAUACAACAAAAAUUGAAAACAUGGAAAAUUCUACAGCAAAUUCUGAGUGGCACAUUCCCAAAAUCCCAGAUAAUCAUGUUUCUGGCAUCAUUUUAACGAUAUUUGGCGUAGCACUACUAGAUUUCAGUAGUGACGCGGCACAGUCUCCGUGUAGGGCCUAUUUACUUGAUAUCAGUAUUGCAGAAGAUCACUCCGCUGGGCUUACAUCAUUCACGGUUUUGGCAGGUCUUGGUGGUGCUAUCGGGUAUUUAAUGGGCGGAAUAGAUUGGAAUAAAACGAACUUCGGGAAAUCGUUUGGAGGUCACACAAGGGUAGUAUUCACAGUGGUACUUAUUGCGUAUAUAUUCUGUGUAUUAAUAACUGUUACCAGUUUUAAGGAGGUGCCCCUGGACGAGCUGCGAGGCGGCAUGGCAGAACAAAUACAGAGAAAAAAGAAGAAGAAAGGAAAAUCAAAAUACAAGAAAUUUGUAAAUGACGAAACAUCUUCCUCUGAAUCGGAAGACGAAAAUCGAAGUAACAGCAAGAAUCUGAAUCAAACACAAUCUGCAAGUUACGGCACUUUGGAUGAAAGUAAAACAGGAAGCAGCUCUGUAAAGACGCGCAGUUUAAAUGGCCAAUCAUGUUCUGGAAUAGGAUCUACAAACAAUCGAGAAUCUAAUGAAAUAGGUAAAACUGGGCGUAAAACUGGGAAGUGCAAAAGCCCCCUUGACGAAAAAGAUAUCUGCAAAAGCCGAAAAUCUUCGAAUGAAGACGAAGCAAGAGAGAUAUUGAAACAAUCAAUUGAUAAAAAAUCUUCUCGAAAAUAUUCUCUGGAUGAUGAAUUCAUUACACAAAACGUUGGCGCUCGAAGAACAUCCGAUGGCAGUGGUCUACAACAAGACAAAACCGCAAAAUCAACAGGAAAUCCCGAAACCUCAACUGAAAAUAUUAUAACAUACUCGACAGAAGUGACGUUAAAAACCUAUCUGUUAUCUAUCAUCCAUAUGCCCCGGUCAAUUGCUAUCUUAUGUCUGACCAACCUGUUUUGCUGGAUGUCAUUGGUCUGUUACUCGUUGUACUUUACGGAUUUCGUCGGUCAGGCAAUAUUCGAAGGGGACCCCUUGGCUCCAGUUGGAAGUGUGAAACAUGAACUUUACGAAGCAGGGGUCCGAUUAGGGUCAUUUGGGAUGUCCCUGUACUCUCUGUCCUGUGCUAUAUAUUCUUUGUGUAUUGAAAAGCUCGUCGACAGAUUUAAAGCCAAGAAGAUCUACAUUGGUGGCCAACUUGUGUACACAUGCGGAAUGAUAAUCAUGGCUAUAACGAGACAUCGAAUUGCAGCCGUUCUUCUUUCGCCGUCCGCUGGAAUAAUGUAUGCCACUUUAUUCACAAUGCCAUACCUGUUAUUGGCUAACUACCACACCAACAGCCAGUUCUCGACAAAUAGUAUGGACAAGACGGUCCGUGGUCUGGGAACGGACGUGGCCGUGGUCAGUAGUAUGGUAUUCCUGGCACAGUUCAUCCUCUCCGCUUUUGUCGGUACGAUCAUCGACGCCGUGGGUAGCAGUGUAGCUAUCGUUGUUGCGGCGGCCAUCUUCAGUUUUCUUGGCGCUUGCUGUGCAACGCAAGUAAUGUACCUGGAUCUUUAGUGAUGGACAUUGACUUUGGUAAUUGACGGUCAUCUUUGUUCGCGUAUGUGUUGCAAACUAAUGAAAUUAAACACUAUUUUGCUGUUUA